AUGGUUUACAAAUCCAUGGUACUGUCCGUUCUUCUAUACGGCAGUGAAACGUGGACGAUGUACCGUCGGGAUGUGCGAUAUCUCGAGCGGUUCCAUCAGCAGUGUCUGCGACGAAUUUUGCGGAUCGGUUGGGGCGCCAGAGUUGCAGACACGGAAGUGUUGCGCCGAAGUGGGAUGUAUGCAGUGGACUGCAUACUUUUAUUGAGACACCUGAGAUGGCUCGGUCAUGUGAGCCGUAUGGAUUCGACGCGGAUACCGAAACAACUCUUAUACGGUCAGCUGAGUACUGGGAAGCGGCACGUGGGGAAACCAAAGUUACGUUACCAGGACAUGAUUAAAGUGAGCCUCACACGUUCUAAUCUUGAUUGCAGAUCAUGGGAAUCGAAGGCGGUUGAUCGGCGUG